AUGUCGUCUGCUCUGCGGUCCUGCCUUGUCCUAGCUCUGCUCUUGGGCCUGGCAGCCUCUGGCUUUCCGAGAGGCCCCUUCCGGCUGCUGGGGAAACGAAGCCUCCCGGAAUGGGUGGUGGAUGACAUCGAGGUCUAUAGCACCAAGAUCGACUGCAAAGUGACCUCUCGUUUUGCUCACAAUGUGGUCACCACGAAGGCCAUCAACCGUGCAGACAAGGCCAAAGAGGUCUCCUUUGACGUGGAGCUGCCCAAGACAGCUUUCAUCACCAGCUUCACGUUGACCAUUGAUGGUGUCAUCUACCCUGGAAACGUCAAGGAGAAGGAAGUCGCCAAGAAGCAAUAUGAAAAGGCCGUGUCCCAGGGCAAGACAGCUGGAUUGGUCAAGGCCUCUGGCAGGAAGCUGGAGAAAUUCACGGUCUCAGUCAACGUGGCUGCGGGCAGUAACGUUACCUUCGAGCUAAUCUACGAGGAGCUGCUGAAGAGAAACAAGGGCAAGUACGAGAUGUACCUCAAGGUCCAGCCCAAGCAACUGAUCCAACACUUCGAGAUUGAGGCCAAUAUCUUCGAACCCCAGGGCAUCAGUACAUUGGACGCGGAGGCCUCCUUCAUCACCAAUGAUGUUCUGGGCAGUGCGCUCACCAAGUCCUUCUCAGGAAAAAAGGGUCAUGUGUCCUUCAAGCCCAGCUUAGACCAACAGCGUUCAUGCCCAACCUGCACAGACUCCCUCCUCAACGGUGACUUCACCAUCACCUACGACGUGAACCGAGAGUCUCCAGGCAACAUACAGAUAGUCAAUGGCUACUUCGUGCACUACUUUGCACCCCAAGGCCUUCCAGUGGUGCCUAAGAAUGUGGUCUUUGUGAUUGACAUCAGUGGUUCCAUGGCUGGUCGGAAAAUAGAGCAGACAAGGGACGCCCUCCUCAAAAUCCUGGAGGAUAUCAAAGAGGAAGACUACUUGAAUUUCAUCCUAUUUAGCGGCGAUGUGACCACUUGGAAAGACAGCUUAGUCCAAGCCACUCCCGAAAACCUCCAGAAAGCCAAAGAGUUUGUGAGGAGCAUCCGGGAUCAAGGAAUGACCAACAUAAACGAUGGGUUGCUGAGGGGUAUCAGUAUGCUGAACAAGGCCCGGGAGGAAAACCUGGUCCCAGAGAGAAGCACUUCCAUUGUCAUCAUGCUGACCGAUGGGGACGCCAACACUGGUGAGAGCAGACCUGAAAAGAUCCAGGAGAACGUGCGCAAUGCCAUUGGGGGCAAGUUCCCCUUGUAUAACCUGGGCUUUGGCAACAACCUGAAUUACAACUUCCUGGAGAGCAUGGCCCUGGAGAACCACGGCUUUGCCCGGCGCAUCUAUGAGGAUUCUGACGCCAACCUACAGCUGCAGGGCUUUUACGAGGAGGUGGCCAACCCUCUGCUGACUAAUGUGGAGGUGGCAUACCCUGAGAACGCCAUUCUGGACCUCACCCAGAACAGCUACCAGCACUUCUACGAUGGCUCUGAGAUCGUGGUGGCCGGGCGGCUGCUGGACGAGGACGUGAACACCUUUAAGGCGGAUGUGAAGGGCCACGGGGCCCUCAAUGACCUGACCUUCGUAGAGGAGGUGGACAUGAAGGAGAUGGAGAAAGCCCAGGAGGAACAGGAGUACAUUUUUGGAAACUUCAUUGAGCGGCUCUGGGCUUACCUCACCAUCGCACAGUUGCUGGAGAAACGCAAGAACACCCAUGGCGAGGAGAAGGAGAACCUCACUGCCCAGGCCCUGGAACUGUCCCUCAAGUACCACUUUGUGACUCCGCUCACCUCCAUGGUGGUGACCAAGCCUGAGGACAAUGAGGACCAGACAGCCAUAGCUGACAAGCCCGGAGAAGAAGCUGAUGCCAGGUCUGUGAUCCCCUCCAUGGCCUACCAGACCAGUUACCAGCCUCCACUGACACCCUAUUACUAUGUGGAUGGGGAUCCCCACUUCAUCAUCCAAGUCCCAGAAAAAGACGACGCCAUUUGCUUCAACAUUGAUGAAGACCCAGGCACGGUGCUGAACCUCAUCCAGGACCCAGUUACAGGCCUCACGGUUAAUGGGCAGAUCAUUGGAGACAAGAAAGCUGGCCCUGAUUCGAAGACCAGAAAGACUUUCUUUGGAAAACUGGGGAUUGCCAGUGCUCACAUGGAUCUCCGGAUUGAGGUGACAACGGAGAAGAUCACCCUGUGGAGUGGGGCUGACAGGAGCACUCUCAGCUGGCUGGACACAGUAAUGAUCACGCAGGAGGGGCUGUCCAUGACCAUCAACAGGAAGAAAAACAUGACAGUCUCCUUUGGAGAUGGUGUUACCUUUGUGGUUGUCCUGCACCAGGUGUGGAAGAAACAGCCUUCCCAUUAUGACUUCCUGGGUUUCUAUGUGGAGGACAGUCACCGGAUAUCAAUGCAGACACAUGGGCUUCUUGGACAAUUCUUCCAUCCCUUUGACUUCAGAGUGUCUGAUGUUCACCAAGGCUCUGACCCUGCCAAACCAGAUGCCACAAUGGUGGUGAAGAACCAUCGGCUGACGGUCACCAGGGGCUCCCAGAAAGACUACAGGAAGGAUGCCAGGGUCGGCACAAAGGUUGACUGCUGGUUUGUUCACAACAACGGGGAGGGGCUGAUUGACGGCAUCCACACCGACUACAUCGUCCCUGGCCUGUUCUGA